ACAUAAACAACAAAAUUAUGGCACAACAAUUAAUCGGAAAAUUAGCCAUUGUUACAGGAGCUGGAAGUGGAAUCGGUCGCAGUACCUGCCGUUUAUUAAGAGAUUAUGGGGCCAAAGUCAUAGCAGCUGAUCGUAACAUAAAGGCGGCAGAAGAGACGGCAAAAGAAUUGGGUGAUCGUGAUAUUUUCCCUUUGGAAGUUGAUGUUUCUUCGCUGGAAAGUGUUACCAAUGCUGUCGGCAAAACCCGUGAACAAUUUCAAACGGCACCAUCCAUUGUUGUCAACUCAGCGGGCAUCACACGUGAUGGCUACCUCUUGAAAAUGCCCGAACGUGACUAUGAUGAUGUGUACAGUGUCAAUUUGAAGGGAACCUUUAUGGUAACGCAGCAAUUUGCCAAAGCCAUGAUUGAACACAACAUCAAGGGCGGCAGUAUUGUUAAUAUUUCAAGUAUUGUGGCAAAAAUGAACAAUAUUGGUCAGGCUAAUUAUGCUGCCACAAAGGCUGGUGUUAUAUCGUUUACGGAAGUGGCUUCUAAGGAAUUUGGCAAAUUUGGCAUUCGUGUAAAUGCCAUACUUCCGGGUUAUAUAAAUACUCCUAUGGUGGCUGUUGUACCCGACAAAAUCAAACAAGAAGUGGUAAUGCGUUGUCCUUUGGGCCGUAUGGGUGAACCCAGCGAGAUUGCUGAAGUUAUAGCAUUUUUGGCAUCAGACAAAUCGUCGUACAUUAAUGGUGCUGCUAUUGAAGUUACUGGUGGACUUAAGUGAUGAAGA